AUGUUUGAUCUGUCCAAAUUUCGAUCUCUAAGCAUAUGGGCACCCGGCCGUCGCCGAGAGCAAAAAUACACCAAGAUUUCGGUUGAGGAGGGAGACACAGAGGAGCUCUUGACACAAAGAGAGAUCAGGAAUGGUUCCCAGGCUAAGCUUAGAGCAUUUAUUCUCGCAGGAAUUGUUUUGGCCUCGCACUCCGAACCCCAAUGGAUACCUUGCGGCAGCACCGCUGCCGAAGCACGAGCAGCAAACUGUCAUUAUGAGCCAAUGCAACGAUCAUGGAUCCCAGAUGCUUGUUAUUUCGAAGAACCAUCUUCCGAGUACGAUCCUUUCGGUGAUCGGCCGUGGUUCUCUGAUCGCAACCUAACGAUACCGGCAAAUUUGGAUCGUCUACGGUCCGGGGACGAAGAAUUGGCCUUUGUGAGAUACUUCCACGACGAGCACUGCCUCUAUAGUUGGCGAAAACUGCAUUUGGCAGUUCAGCUAGGGCGGCGAUUGACCGACACCAAAACAUAUGAUUUGCAUCAUACAAUGCACUGUGCCAGAGGGAUCGCUAAUCUUAUUGUGGUUUCAAAGCAGGAUGGUUAUAAAUCACCACCAAACGAGUACACUGAAAGUCCGCUGAUGUUUCAGGAAUGUGUGAAAAUGUUUUAA